AUGUCACAAUUCUAUCCAGGCAAUGCAGCAUACGCAGAGCAAGACGACGGCCAGGUCCGCAAUACUAAAGCCAUGGGCAUCAAGGUGAAACAUUUCGUUCCAAGAAUCGGCUCCGCGCUGAGCAAUGGCAAGUUGUGUUUGAUGCUCAAGGGUGCGGAAGCCAGACCUUUGCUCGCAAGGCUGAGCUUAGUCGGCAUUACUGUGGUACAUGGUAGAAGUUUAGUUCCGUCUCCAUCGUACAAAACUUAUGCCCUGUGCCGCAUUACACAACUCUGCACUCCGCCAACGAACCGAACUUCUGGUGCUAAGUCCCAACUUGUCGACGUAGCGUAA